GCUCCUCGAAAGCUGUGCACGCUGCGGAAGCGACGGCAUCGCUCCAAGCGAUAAGCAACAACAACACAUCGAAUACUGGCGGACCAUUCAACACAUAAACAACAAGCCUACCUGAGUGCGCAGGUCUCAGGUUGAAAUUGAAGUCGGGGCUUACCGGCGGCAAAAUUGAGAUUAAAGUGUAAAGCGGUGCCAAACCUGAAAGGUAACGGGCGAUCGCCAAAUUCAAGUUCUUUGUUUUAUCGCUCCAGCGAUGUGUUUUCCUUGCUAAUUAAUGCGUGGCGCGGAAAAAAUUAGUCAGUGGUUGUGCGUCAAUUCAUCCUUUUCCGCCUUACGCUCCCCUAAACUGACGGAGCACGAGUACGAGUGCGAGAGAGGCAGUGAAAACUGUGAAAUGUGCGCGCUGCAUUGUUGGUUUGAUACCACUUUGACCCAAAUCUCAAUGCUUAGGCUUCAGUGCGAGUAGUGCGUGACCGAAAAGCCCACUCAUUGUCACAGCCAAGUUAAAGUCGCGAAUGGCAGCCGCUGUCAAAUACGUAAAAUACCAGUACCAACAUCUUCUGUGGAACUAGCUGCACUUGGAAAUCCAUCCACAGUUGGACGUUUUGCGCCUGACACGUGCUUUGCCCAUUCCGCUCCUCACUUUAGUCUGCUCAGGCAUAGAGUUGGCAUUUUAAUGUGAGAGCUUGGGCUUUUGUUUGUUGCCUGCGAGAAGCACUAUUUUGGCUGCUGCCAAACACACAGCAUGAAGGUCGCUUAAAACACGUAAUUUACACAGGUAAUGGAACCUCUAAGUCCCCAAGAAAAUGAUAUGAUGACAUAUUAAACACCUUCUCGGGACCCCCUAAGUUAUUGUUAAUUGGGCUGUCGACAUUGCGUACCAUAAGAAGCUGAAGUAGUGAGGUAAAGUUGGAAAUCCACUUUACGUAACGGGCUUGUGUAAUGGAUCCAAAACUCUCGGACAGGAAUCCAUGAAUUCAUUUAAUUCCAAUGUCAUCGCCACCAAAAAAAAAGUCCUCGGAACCUGAAAAUUUUUGCUUACAUCGCAGGACGCACGAACUUCUUGCGGAGCCCAUCUGAAGACUUUUCUUUCAAAACGAUUCAUCAUCUCGCGUCGGACAUUGGUCUCAUGGGAAGGUGACGGGGAGGACAGAAAAAUACCUACAGCAAAUUGAAUAUAACUUCAUAAGAAGGCGAAUAAUAGAAGAUAGAGUAAGUCAGUGCUACACGAACCGCGCCCUGGCUUAAUGUGCUAGCAUGCAGUGACAUGAAAAAUAAUGAAGAGCAUGCCACGUUUUUCGGCACUCAGCCUCUAGGGAAAAAAGGACAAAAGAAAGAAGAUGGCGACGAGCUGGAACACUGUGACGUGCGCGAGAAUCACGAGGGAAAAAUCAUCGUAACUCACAGGACACCAACGCAUUGACAGCUAGGGGAAAAAGGCAGCGCUGCACAUCGGACCACCAUCAUUUAUCAGCGCAGCAUCGCAUCGCGCUUACUAGUAACAGCAGUAGAACUCGGCGAGGCAUAUGUGCGCCGGAGAUGAGGGCGUUGUGUGGUUCCCCAGCUGAAAGGAUUCUGCGCGUUCAUUCAAAAACCCAUUAACCCUAAUAAGCAACCACAAAAGCCAGCCAGAUAGUACGCCCCGCACGACCAUCGAUGAGAUAGUACCCCCUUGCGGACCAGGCUGUGGACAGUAGGCCUUGGGAGAGGCCGCAGUAGAAACUGUGACAGGAAGGUAACUGUCCGGCGAAUCGAGAAAGGAUGCCAAUCGUGAUUUCACGGAUGCUGCUGCAUCUGCUGUGGCCCCUGCACCUGAUGGAGGCGCGCAUCCUUCUUCUCCUCCUGCCGACGCUGCUCCUGGCCACGACGCACGAGCCAGAACAAAAGUCAAUGCUCACAGAUAGUGACUGGAAGAAGCUAUGGAUGCGCGGCGGUAUAAAUGCCGAUUCAAAAUUGAAUAAUAAUCUCGAAUCGAGCGAUAGUCCAAUGUUCGAAGACAGUGAGCUGAUGGCGCAUAACACAACCGUCCAGCUAGGUGGCACCGCCUUUCUGGUCUGCAAGGUCUCUGGAGUGGACAGAGUGGGUGUAAAUUGGAAUCAAAUAUCUUGGAUCCGCCGCCGGGACUGGCACAUCUUGUCGUCGGGGGCCCAGCUUUACACAAACGACGAGCGUUUCGCGAUACUGCACACGCCCGGCUCCAACAUGUGGACGCUGCAAAUAAAGUUUGUGCAGCGCCGGGAUCACGGCAUGUAUGAGUGCCAGGUCUCCACGCCGACUGGCAUCAUUUCCCACUUUGUGAACCUUCAAGUGGUUGUGCCGGAGGCAUUCAUUCUGGGCUCCGGCGAGCUUCAUGUAGACAUGAGCUCAACAAUCAAUUUAGUUUGCAUUAUUGAAAAGAGCCCGACACCACCACAGUAUGUAUACUGGCAGAAAAACGAUCGCCUGAUCAACUAUGUCGACUCUCGGCGAGACAUAACUAUUGAGACGACCCCGGGACCCCGGACGCAGAGCCGCCUGAUCAUUCGGGAGCCGCAAAUCACCGACUCCGGAAACUACACCUGCUCGGCCAGCAACACGGAGCCGGCGAGUAUCUACGUCUUUGUCUCGAAAGGCGACAAUAUGGCAGCAAUCUCCCGUCGGAAGACCUCCUCGGCCGACCGCCUGACGCACAUAUUUAAGUCGAUGCUGGCACCCUGCCUUAUGUUCAACACUGUUAUUGUAAGACUCUUCUUUCUGACCUAAGUAAACAUCUUGGCCAGCUGUAAGAAGUGCGAGAACGACGACAAAGAUUUCCUAUUUAAGUGUUUGAUCUAAAGCAAGCCGAAAAAAGUUAAUAGCUAAAUAACACAAAGUCUAGAAUAAUUGCUUAGCUAAGCUCAGUAAAAGCUGCGCACUCAAAUGUAAAAAUCAUGUUAAACCAAUCGCAGUUUUUGUGCACACAUAAAUGUGUUUUCUCGUAUGCCAGACACUUAUCCAAAAUACUGACAAGUCUAAAUAAGUUCUAGAAUAUUUUACUUACCAAUAUUUGUGUACAGUAUGUUUAAAAAAUAUUAAAAUAUUUUAUUUUCGUUUAUAAAUGCCGUGAAUAAGUUAUGUAAGCUUAUAGUGCUCAUUUCAAAUUCUUUUUUGACCACGUUUAAUGCUUUGCGACCCAAAAAGUCUGUUUUACAUUUCUAACCAAUUCAAAGUUACUAAUUGAAAAACAAAAGCAUAAAAGCGGACACUUGUAGCCCAGGAACCACAACCGGGGAAAAAUAUAUGUUAUCGGAAAAAAAAAAAACAAAAAGAUUAACCCAUUCCCUUAUUCAUAAUUAUGUUAUUAUAUUUGUAAAUAAAUUGUUAAGCAAAUGGCAAAGCACGCAAGCACAAGGCCAAAUACAACAUUUAGCCUUGUACUGAAAAAAAAUUUAAAUUGUGUAAAUACUAUUAAAAAGGAAAUCAUAAAGCUCCAACAGCAGCAACCACAAGGCACACAGCCGACUGAAAAUGUGCAAUACACUGGUCGGCAUAAGUAUUUUGACGAAACAAAAGUUGAAUAUACUCAUAAUUUGAACUUACUUCUUGUAAACUUUUGCAUCAAUGGAUAUGUCAUUUAAAUGCCGUUUAAAGAAUGUAAUACUUUUCUAAGUCCAUUCAUUACUUAUAAAAAAUUUCGAGCUUCUGUGAAAAUCUACAUUUUGAACUUUUAUCCCGAUUUUGAAACGUUUCUUCAAACAAAAAUAAGAUGAGGGAAAAAGUUUAAAAAGUAGAUUUAUACACAAAUUUUAAUGAGUUCUAAAUGGAUUAACAAACGUAAUGCGCCAUAUAAACGGCAUUUAAAUUUUCUUUCUUUUGAUGCCAAAGUUUACAAGAAGUAAGUUCAAAUUAUGAGUGUAUUUAACUUUUGUUCCUUUAAAAUACUUAUUCCGAUCAGUGUAUAGUAGCCAGGAGAAUGAGAACGAAUGAGAGCUGUACAUGUAAGUAGAUUAGGGCUGAUCGAAUUGUAUAUGCCCAACUAGAUGUGGCAAAUCGUACAGAUAACAUGAUCCUUUAAGGAUUAUAAGCAAUAUUGCCAAACAAACGUACGCUUCAAAAUAGCGUUAAGCCUCCCCCGAAUGCAGAAAAAUAAAAAGCAGUUUAAUAUUAAAAUUGUAAACAACAAGAAAGGAAGUUAACUUCGGCAAGCCGAUAUUUGUAUACCCUUGCAGUUAUAAGAAAUAAUCACCUUUAGUAAAUAAUUUGCUUGCCGAUCUUUCCUAUGACAGCUAUAUGAUAUAGUCCUCCGAUUUUGAUAAAACUUAAUUCGAAGUUCAGAACUUAUUAAAAAAUGUUAUUUCCAAGCUAAGAAAGUUAUAUGUUAAAAAGCACAAAAGCUAUAAUUUGUUCUAUAUAUUACUUUCCGACCAAUCUUCCGAUCGUUCCUAUGACAACUUUAUGAUAUAGUCCUCCGAUUUUGAUAAAAUUCAAUUCGAAAUUCAAAACUAAUUAAAAAAUGAUAUUUCCAAGCUAAGAAGGUUAUAUGCUAGAAAACACAGAAGAUGUAAUUUUAUUUAAUUUUUUCUCCGAUAGUUGCUAUGGGAGCUAUAAGAUAUAGUUGUCAGAUAUAGUUGUAGCAUACGAUUUUUCGGCAAUGUUGCUUCGAAUCCUGUUAAGAUUAAGUUCUCCAUAUACGAUAAUAGGUUCUUAAAUCGAGCUGUCCAAUGGAAAUGCUUUAUAGGAUUUCAAAUAGGAUGUCAAAUCAAGCUGUAAUUAAUAAUGGCAAAAACACACAAGACAUUAAGGAACGCGUCGAGGCGGAAAACUUGCUUUAGGGUCAAAUAUUGGAUAAUGACAUUUAUUAAUCUGCCAAAUCAAAAUUUGCAGAAUAUUUACUUUACGAGCUGACAUAUAGACAGAAAUAUAAUUGAAAUUAAAAAAAAACAUGCUCUCAUCUCGAAAACUUUCAUUUGUGUUAUUUAAUUGUUUGCAUUUGUUUCCUGCCUGUGCGAACGAGCUGAAACACCUGAAUCAUUAAACAACAUCUACGUAACAAACUAUGUACAACUUUUUGACUUUUUAUUAAACAAAGGCUGGCUCCAACAAUGCCUGCACUUACAAUAGAAUACAACAUAGAGUAUCCACUCAAUUUCGAAUCGAUGUGACGUCAUAUUUACACCAGCAAUAUAUACCGUUCGUUCAUUGCCGGUACGUAGUUUAAAAAUGUUAGAAGAUACCAUUUAAUGUUCGAAUUGAUCCAUUAAUGUGAGCCUACGGCAAACAAAAGAGUUAAUCAUUAAAACCGCUAAAGUUAAAAUACGGAUUGUGCUAAAAAUAAUAAAAACGAUUCCACAGCCUCCUUGUUUGUUUGUUUGCUUUUGAUUUGCUUUAAAUAGACAUUAUUAUUAAUAUUUUUUUGGUUUUUACUGUUAGGUAUUACCACUGUAAAUAUUUUAUAAUAACAUGCGUAAAUUAUUUUAUCGAAUGUCUGUUAAAGGGCCUUCGUUACAAAUAAAUACGAAAACACAAAUAAAUUGUAAUAGGUUAUGGUAUGGAGCAAAUUGAACAACCAAUAUAGAAUAAUUAAAAUGUUUUCAAUGUAAGUGCUCGAGCAACUAACUGUACAAUUUUCAUCUUGCAACCAUUUGACGAAUAUGAAUUUAAUAAUAGUACACAUACUUAUAAAUUAAAACAGAACUAAAUUGUGCUUGCACGCACAGAUACAAUAAAUUGAGGCAACAGAAAAUAGCAAAGCAGCAAUGUAUGGCUAACAACACAACAUAAUUUAAAAAAAAAUUUAGUGAUUAUCAUGAAAAAUAUAUGUAAUUCCAACAAUG